CAGUGUCCACUCCAAAUAGCUCCCUGAACGCCUGGCCUUCUACAACUUCAGUCUUCUUGCCUGCAGCUCAUGCACCUCUAAAUCAACGACCACGCAACAAAUAACAGCUGUGUCUGGGAGCAUAUUUGGUUUCGCUCUUCGGUUGUUUGGAGAGCAAACGAAUGCGCGCAGCCCCCAGGCCGUAAAGGUACAAACGGAGUAGGCGCGACCGACCCGAACAGCUUCACAUCUAGAUCUCUGCAACCGAACCUCGUUCGACCUCGCCCGCUAGGCACACAGAUCGAGCCCUACAAAACGAGCGCCCAUACUAGGCAAUCGUCUACAUUGAGCGCCGCGCACCAUCAGUUCCGCACCGUCAGACACCAAUACAGAUCCCACCAAUAUUCACAAUGGCGGCAAGGAAGCUGCAACAAGAAGUAGAUAAAUGCUUCAAAAAGGUCGGCGAAGGGGUCGCCGAGUUCGAGGCCAUUUACGAAAAGAUUGAGCAAUCGAAUAACCCCGCACAGAAGGAGAAGCUCGAGGACAAUCUUAAGCGGGAGAUCAAGAAACUACAGCGACUACGUGAUCAGAUCAAGACAUGGGCCGCGAGCAAUGAUAUCAAGGACAAAGCUCCGUUACUGGAGCAUCGUAAGCUGAUCGAAACGCAAAUGGAGCGGUUCAAGGCUGUGGAGAAAGCGAUGAAGACGAAAGCCUAUUCAAAAGAAGGCUUAUCAGCCCAAGCCAAACUCGAUCCGAAAGAACAGGCGAAGGUGGAAGCUAGCGACUUCUUGGCUACCAUGGUCGACGAACUGGAGCAGCAAAUCGAAACCCUGGAGGCGGAGAACGAGCUGAUACAAGCCACCAUGAAGAAGGGCAAGAACCAAAGCACCAAGGCAGACCGCAUCGCAGCCAUCGAGCACAUAAUCGAGCGGCAUAAAUGGCAUCAAGCAAAAAUGGAACUCAUCCGGCGGUCACUGGAAAACGGCGGCGUUGAGGCGGAACAAGUGACGGAUCUGGAGGAAAGCAUACGAUAUUACGUAUCGGAUGGUAUGAAUGACGACUUCAUGGAAGACGAAGAGCUUUACGACGACCUUGACCUGCAAGAGGAGGAAGAUGCUUUCGGCAUGGCCCUGGACAACGACCGGGUUUCGUCGCAGGACACACAAUCGAUACAAGAAGACGUCCCGGAAGUCGAGUCGAGACCGGCUAGUUUGCCGAGCAAAUCAUCACGGAGUGCCGCCGACGCGAUAGCAUCAGCAGGUCGGCGCCCCUCUACCCAGCUCAGGUCUCCGUUACCAACGCUGGCAACAUUGCAUCAUCCCAUGGCGAGUACCGCUAAUGGUAGUGCCGCAAAUGCUGGCAUGAAGCCGGCCUCGUUGCCCACAAGACCAGCGGGAGAGGGCUUGAAGUAUGCUUCAGCCGCCGCUGCGGCCGCAGCAAGUGACAAGAAUGGGCUUGGGAUAUCUCCACUCCCGCCGCCUCCUGGCGCCCUGCCGAUAACGUCGUCUACUGGGAUCUCGCCACUGCCCGUUUCCCAAGCUUCCAAAACGAGUUCCACGAGCUCGCCGAGUACUGCGUCCAUACAACCCGCGCCAUCAGAACCGAGCGUGCCUGCCCCUAUCUGUACGCCUGCGCCACCAACGGCGAAGGUGGAUAAGGCAGUCUCAAAAGCAUCCGGUAAAGCACCUGCCGUGAUCGAGGCCGCCGAGCCAUCAAAAGCACCGCAAACAAAUGGUGUAACGAACGGCGUCAAGCCUGUCGAAGAGAAGAAGGAAGAAGAGUCCAUCUAUCAUCUGCCUGCUUCUUUGCAAGAUCUGGUCGAGUCCUUUGAAGUUACGAAGAAACGGUCGCUUCCGGUAACUACGCCGUCGUGUCUGAGGAUGAUGCAUGCUUCUCAAGCAAACAUGCCAGAGCUGAUCGAUGCGGAGGCUCCCCGAAAGUAUCGACCGGAGAUCCCAUAUCCUUCUGCUUCAGCGUAUCCCCAAGAACCGUUGGCCAUCUUUGACGACCCACGACUCUACUCGCGCAUUGACCCAGAUACUCUGUUCUAUGUAUUUUACUACAAGCAAGGAACGUACCAGCAGUACCUGGCAGCGAAGGCGCUGAAGGACCAAAGUUGGCGAUUCCAUAAGCAGUAUCAAACGUGGUUCCAGCGUCACGAAGAGCCCAAAAACAUUACGGAGGAAUUCGAACAGGGCACAUAUCGAUUCUUUGACUACGAGUCCACGUGGAUGAACCGUCGGAAGGCAGAUUUCAAGUUCGCGUACCGUUUCCUCGAGGACGACGUAUAGAGACUGACUGGCCUGCAAUGAGAUGAAGCCGGUAUGCCACGCAACACGAAAUUCAUGUUCGCGGCAUUUUCGACCUCCUUGCUGCUUCGUCGCCUCAAAGAGAAAAGGGGAAUUGUGGUUCCUCUUCCCCACCCUCUACACCAACGUCACAAAAUGAGCAUCAGAUUCAUGUCAACACAAUCAAUGUUUUCCGGUUUAUUGGAGGGAACAUGGACGGUUGACCGGCUGGUCAGGCGUAUGGUCACACUGUCGUACAUAAUAGCUGUAACAAUUCGAGAGCUUACUCGCUUUUCAUCACAAUCUGAAAUGAUCUGGCCACGUGAUCGAGAU